CUCUGGGUAGCUCAAACUCAGUAGUUCUUGAGAACACUUUCUUGCAACAGUGAGUGUGAAGAAGAAAACUAUGUGGACAGUUGGGUUGUGUGUUGUAGCACUGGUUACAAUAUUCAUAACUCACUGGAUUUAUAAGUGGAAGAACCCUAAGUCCAAUGGAGUCUUGCCGCCCGGUUCAAUGGGACUCCCUUUCAUUGGUGAGACCCUUCAACUUCUUAUGCCCAACAAAUCAUUAGAUCUCCAUCCUUUCAUCAAGAACAGAAUUCAAAGACAUGGGCCAGUGUUCUCAACAAACUUGGUGGGUAGGCCCAUGAUAAUAUCAGCUGACCCACAACUCAACAACUUCAUAUUCAACCAAGAAGGGAGGGCAGUGGAGCUAUGGUAUUUGGACAGUUUCCAAAAGCUUUUUAACCUAGAAGGUGAAAACAGGCCCAAUGCUGUAGGACACAUUCACAAGUAUGUGAGAGGUGUCUAUUUGAACCUCUUUGGUGUUGAGAGCCUUAGGACUAAGCUUCUUACUGAGAUUGAGAAAACUGUUCGAAGCAAUCUUCGUGGUUGGUCCUCUAAAGGAACCCUUGAUGCCAAACAUGCCACUUCUAAAAUGGUGGCUGUUUUUGCUGCAAAAUACUUGUUUGGAUAUGAUGCUGAAGCUGAAGGUUCAUCUGAAGAUAUUGCAGACACCAUUGAUGGUUUUGUACAAGGUCUUCUCUCAUUUCCAUUGAACAUCCCUGGUACAAGGUUCCACAAAUGCAUGAAGGACAAAGACAAGUUGGAAAAGAUGAUUAAUGAUAAGUUGAAGGAGAGAAUCAGUUCACCAGAGAAAGGUCAAGGGGACUUCCUUGAUCAAGCAGUGAAAGACUUGAACACUGACUUCUUCUUGACAGAGACUUUCGUUGUCUCGGUCACCAUGGGAGCUUUGUUUGCAACUGUUGAGUCCAUUUCUACCUCAGUUGGACUGGCUUUCAAGUUCUUUGCAGAACACCCUUGGGUGGUAGAGGAUCUGCAGGCAGAGCAUGAUGCUCUUCUGAGUAGGAGAGAGAACGAGGAUUCUCCUCUCACAUGGGAUGAAUAUAAAUCGAUGACUCGUACUAUGCACUUUAUCAAUGAAGUCCUUCGAUUGGGAAAUGUUUUUCCAGGGAUCUUAAGAAGAGCAUUGAAAGAUAUUCCACAUAAUGGUUACACAAUUCCAGCAGGAUGGACUAUCAUGGUGGUGACCUCUACUCUUCAAAUAAACCCCAAAGUAUUUGAAGAUCCCCUCUCAUUCAAUCCUAGGCGUUGGAAGGACAUAGAUCAAGACACACAAUCAAAGAACUUCAUGCCUUUUGGUGGAGGGACCAGACAAUGUGCAGGUGCAGAGUUGGCCAAGGCUUUCUUUGCCACCUUUAUCCAUGUCUUGAUCAGCGAAUACAAGUGGACCAAAGUGAAGGGAGGAAAUGUGUCAAGAACACCAAUGUUGCGAUUUGAUGAUGGAAUACUCAUUAACAUCUCCAGGAAGAACAACUGAGACACACUCACUCUUCCACUUCUUCUACUUCUUCUUCUAGCAAUGGAUCAAUGUGAUUGAAGCCCACCUGGUCAUAAAAAAUAAAAAAAAGAAUAGUAUUACCCUUGUAUAUGGGUUUGUGUUUCUCUUAUUUUAUGAGAUAAUAUUAGUUUAGAUUUUGUAAUAAAGUCGGUUGGCAUUGUACUUUUUUCAAGUGUUUUGCACUGAACUGGUAAAAAAGUUUUAAGGGUAUGUUUCUCAUUUGUUAUUUCAAUGGCAAAUAAUUUAUCAGAAAA